AUGCCAUCAAGUAUUCAAUACUACUGUCAGGUUGAUGCUUCGUGGAAAAAUGAUAAGGAAGUGGCAGGAGUUGGUUGGUCCUUACAUAGCAUGCAAGGCAAUCAGUUGCUUCAGGGAUCCACUUCCAUACGUGCAACAAAUACACCAGGAGAAGCAGAAACCGAAGCUUUGCGGAUAGCAGUUACCCAAGUGCGAGCACUGGCCUUCGAUAAAGUUCACUUUGUAAAUGACUGUAAGACUAUAGUGGAUGAGUUGGUUCAGUAUAUCACAGGAGCAACCAUCGGGAAAGUCCGUAACACGGAAAACAUCUCCAUGAUACAGGACAUUGCAAGAGUUGCUAAGGAUAAUGGUUUUACCUUCUCUUAUAUGCCUAGGAAUAUAUUAUGGCUAGUAGAUGAACUUGCCAAAAAGGCUAGAUGUAAUAAUCAAAACUAUGUAAUAACUUGGUUUUAA